CAAAACACCGAUAACAAUCCAUGCCAUUCUUCAAACACACCCCUUAAAAGCAGAUUCCUUUCUAUAUUCCCACGUGGCCCACUCCCUUUGCGCUUUAUGCUAUUCCGUUUUCCCAAUAAUAUCUCAAGAAGCCAAGAUUAGCCAAACAGAGUGCUACUUCAAAAUUUGUCGUGUCACAGAGAGAGAGAGGGGGUUAGGCCAUGGCGGAUGAGAGCGUUGUUGAGUCCCCGGUGAAGAGGCAGAGAGACGAUGAAGAAAAUGGGGUCUCUGUUUCCAUGGAUACGGAGGGUGGCAAAGACCCACAGGGUAAUGGUUUAUCGUCGGUGAUUCCUGGCUGGUUCUCUGAAAUCAGUUCAAUGUGGCCUGGAGAGGCUCACUCCUUGAAGGUGGAAAAAAUUUUGUUUCAAGGAAAGUCUGAUUACCAGAAUAUCAUGGUCUUCCAGUCGUCAACAUAUGGCAAGGUUCUUGUUUUGGAUGGAGUAAUCCAGUUAACAGAAAGGGACGAAUGUGCCUACCAAGAAAUGAUCACUCACCUUCCUCUUUGCUCUAUUCCAAACCCAAAAAAGGUUUUGGUUAUCGGAGGAGGUGAUGGAGGGGUCCUCCGAGAAAUAGCACGCCAUUCUUCAGUUGAAAAGAUAGACAUUUGUGAAAUUGACAGUAUGGUUGUUGAUGUCUCCAAACAAUAUUUCCCUGAUGUUGCUGUAGGGUAUGAGGAUCCUCGUGUGACACUUACUGUUGGUGAUGGAGUUGCGUUUCUGAAAAAUGUUCCAGAAGGAACGUAUGAUGCCGUUAUAGUAGAUUCAUCCGACCCUAUUGGUCCUGCUCAGGAGCUAUUUGAAAAGCCCUUCUUCGCGUCGGUUGCAAAGGCUCUUCGUCCAGGAGGAGUUGUGUCUACUCAGGCAGAAAGCAUAUGGCUUCAUAUGGAUAUAAUUGAGGACAUCGUGGCAAAUUGUCGCCAGAUUUUCAAAGGAUCUAUUAACUAUGCUUGGACUACUGUACCUACAUAUCCAAGUGGGAUGAUUGGUUUUAUGCUUUGCUCAACUGAGGGACCACCUGUUGAUUUCAAGCAUCCAGUGAAUCCCUUAGAUGAAAAUGAGUUUCAGAAGUCAGCUAGACCACUGAAGUUUUACAACUCUGAGAUUCAUACAGCAGCUUUCUGUUUGCCAUCAUUUGCAAAGAGAAAGAUUGGUCCUAAAGCAAAUUAGAAGAUUUUAAAAAGCUUUGAAAGAGCUUACUUGGCUGUUGUAGAAGUCCAACAUUGGUCCAUUCUAUCAAUGAGCCAUGAAAUAAGUCAGGUUGAAUUUGGCAUUGAAGAGUAAGGUUUAUUUAUGGAAAUGAGUUUUGGGUGAUAAUGAUAGAGUUGAUGGAUUCAGUUGUCAUUAACUUUCCUCAUAAACACAUUUCACAAUGUGGAACUAUUACUAUCUGUUAAGAAAAAUUUUGUUUAAUGCAAAUUAUUGUUCCUUGUGUCUUGAAUA